AUGGAUGAGCCUAACUGUUUUACUAACUGCUUUCAUUCAGACCACAGCAACAACACUGCCUGGCCAUCGAAAGCAUCCAACUCUGAAGCAUCUCUGGUAUCUACCCGAUCUGAUAGGUCCUCGGUCAAUGCACCUUAUGCUUGGAACCCCGAUACUGCUAAUCAUCUGGCCGAUCCUUCUUCAGCCGCUGCCAACCGCCCUACCGACCUCAGUACUUCUAGCAGUGUUGACCGCCGCAGCCUAGUUCUCUAUUCCUUGGCUUCAGUAGGUGGCCUCCUUCUCAUCACAGUGCUCCUGGCCACCAGUGUCUGUUGUCUCCGCCGCCACCUGAUCGGCGUCCGACGUCGGCUAGUCCAUGGGCACCACGGCCGUGGUCACGAGCAUAGCCGCAAUCAAAAUGGCCAACACAUCAAUCAUCAGCAAGGCUCACAUCAUAGACUCGAUCUUGGCCUGGGCCUGGGCCUAGCCGGCAAUAGAAAACGCCACCAGUUAUCUGUUGUUGGCACCUCGGGCAAGUCGGUUGCGCCUGGAUUCCUUUCAUCCGUUAACCAGACUCAUCUGCUGCCCUCGCCACAUGAUGUGCUCUCAAACAGUCAAAACCACCAUCCUCAGCAGCACUCUUAUUCGCACCAACAAAAACAACAGCAACAGCACCAGCAACAUUCACUUCUCUCAGAUGGGCAACCACAACCACACCAGCUCCAACACCAAAACCAACAGCCCAUAUUCAGCAAGGCCGACACCUACUCGACAGGGGGCAACGGGACACUCAGCGCGUCCGUAGCCGGAGACGGGCUUGUACUCACACGGGCAGCUCAGCAACAUCUCCAGCAGCUGCAACAUGAGCACCAGCUCUGGAUGGUUGCCGCAGCCGCUGCCCGAUUGCAACAGCAACAGCAGGCCUUUGAUCCAAUUGGUUCGCAAAAUCUGGCCAACGGCCUUUGUCCCACGAAUGCGGGAAUCAGCAAUCCUGUUGCAGGAGGUCCCGGCCAGUACCAGCCAGGCUGUUCAAGUUAG